AUGGCGCGCAACAUGACCAAAGAUUCUGCUAUUCAAUCGCAUGCUACCGGAGAUGGUGGCGCCUCCAACGGACCUCUGCCAGCCCUUCCUACUGACAACAACGACGGAAUCUCGGACAUUUUCCCCAAGAACUUGCCUAAACCUGCGAUCAGGACCGAGUUGCCUGCCCUAUCGGAACGUAUCGAGGUGACUCAGCAACUGCUCUAUUGCAACAGGCUCAUCCUCGAUGCUCAGUCAACCUCUUCACCCACUGCUACUGCUGCGUCCGAAAGGCCGAUCGGUGAGCCCGCCAACGAGCCACAGGUUGGAGAGACAGAGCGUGCAUGGAUCACAGCCAUUGGACAGGACCCUAUUCAGCAAGACCGCCUUCGCUCGCUGGUCACCAUGGUUGUCGAGGCAUUCAUCAAGGACAUUUUCAAAGUAUCUGCUAUCAUCGCUGAGGUUGUUAUCCUCGGGCCCAUCCUCGAUCGCGACACAUACCGCACCCUGUUGUCUUGCUUCAUUUCGAAGUUCGAACAAGUCACUAUCCUGGAUGUCGCCCUACUCCAAGGACUGGUCCAGUUAAUCGAGUGCGCUUCUCCUGGCUACAUCGAGGACGACGAUCUGACCAAGACCCUGACUGUUCUGCGACGAUGCCUGGAGGGAAUGCACAAGACACCUUCAGAGUACCUGUACCAAAUCACUAUUGCCAUCUCUCGGCUCCUUGAUGUUAUGGUCAACGGUAUGGUCAAAGACGUUAACCGCACGAAUGACCACCAACCCCUGGUCAUGGCCCUCACGGAAUUAAAGGCCAGCGCCGACCCCAUUUUGCAGUUUCAAGUCAACUAUACCCUGCAAGCCUCACGGUAUAUCCCAGAUGACGAGUCGACUCUGCAAGCAGUCUUGCGGUUUGGUGGAGGAGUUGCCAUGGCAGUAUCGGGAGUCGGCGGCGUCUGCAAGUUGGAUCCGGCCAACCUUCUUAGCAGUCUCAGCGUACUUCAUCAAGCAGCGAUGCAGACGUUCAAGGGUACAAAGUCGGUCCUGGAGGGCAUGAAGGAGUCGCAGAAGGAUAGUAGCGGUACUAUGCAGAGCCUUCUUGAGGGUCUUCGCGCAGGCACCAAGUAUGAGUGGUACCUGGUUUUGCUCGCUGCCAGGGCCAUUGUCCGCGAUGGUCGCCUUGCUGACUUCAACGAGAUCGUCUGCAAGGCCAAUUGUCGCGACGAUCGGGAUUUUCAGUUGGGAGUGUGUCAGAUCCUUGGCGAGCUUGCAGUGGAUCCGCUCUGGGACUCAUUCACUCGGAGGCGUGCGACUGACUUCCUUGGAGCGCUGUGCAAAGCCACCCCCGGCUGGAAACACCACCCUGAGGUCAAGGAAUGGAUCGUCGUCAUCCUCACCCAACUCUCAGAGCUCUCAGAUGGUGUGAUCAAGGAUCACGCUCUUGUUGUCCUCCAGGACUGUGCCGCAGAAGACGUUGUGGUUAAACCUGUCGCCAUGGUUCCUUACCCGCUGAAUAGUAGACUGCCGCUGCCAGAGUCAUCUCCGCUUCUUGCCCGCGUCCAGGACAUCACGCAUCUAGAGUUGUAUCUGCACCGGCUCAGGCAGCAACGUCUCGAGGAAUCAAGUCUUGGCAUUUACAUCCCUCCCAUGGCAAAGGCCAAUCUCCAGGCCCGUGACGAUGACCUUUUCCCUCUUUUGGAAAAGGUUCAGGAGUUCUUGGCAAGCGAGCGGCAGGUAAUGCUGGUUCUGGGCGAUUCAGGAGCGGGAAAAUCGACAUUCAAUCUUGAGCUGGAGCGCACGCUGUGGAAUGACUACAAAGACCAUGGACCCAUCCCACUCUUCAUCAACCUCGCCUUCAUCGACAACCCCGCACACGACCUGAUUGAGAAGCAGUUACAGUUCCUUAACUUUUCUGAAGACCAGAUCCGAGAGCUGAAGUUGCAAAGCCGGCUUGUCCUCAUCUGCGAUGGAUAUGAUGAAAGCCAGCUCAAGGUCAACAUCCAUUCUACAAACCAGUUUAACCAGCCAGGACAGUGGAAGGUGAAAAUCGUGAUCAGCUGCCGCACCCAGUACCUUGGAAAGGACUACCGCUCCAGGUUCCAGCCUCAGUCAGUCGAUCGGUACCAGCGCACUGCGACAAAUCUCUUCCAGGAAGCCGUCGUUGCGCCAUUUUCCAAGAAACAGAUCGAGGACUAUGUCACCCGCUAUGUCCCUCUUGAGCCACGGCUCUGGCUUGUCGACGACUACAUACGGAUGCUAACCACGGUUCCCAAGCUGAUUGAGCUGGUUUCCAACCCCUUCCUUCUCACCCUGGCAUUGGAAGCACUGCCUGUUGUUGUGGAGCCCCAUCAGGACUUUUUGACCGUCAGGGUGACGCGCGUGCAACUCUACGACACAUUUGUUGUGCACUGGUUGGAUGUAAACAAGCGACGUCUCGACAGCAGCACCCUGUCGGCUAAGGAUCGCGUUGUCUUUGAUCGGCUUCUGGAGGCAGGGUUUACCUCGAUGGGUAUCGACUACUCGAUAAGGCUGGCGCUGGCGAUCUUUGACAAGCAAGACAGAAACCCGGUGAUUCAUUAUGUGCAGUUGAAGGACAAGAACACAUGGAAAGCAGAGUUCUUUGGUCAGGACCCCGAAGUGCGGUUGUUACAGGAAUCGUCCCCAUUGACCCGCUCUGGCUCUCGAUUCCAGUUUCUUCACCGAUCCAUCCUGGAAUAUUUCUUCUCGCGCACGAUCUACGACCCAGCCGUGAUUAACGAUGACACGGGCGACACAACAUCUUCUACUGGUCAAGUAGUCGACACCAAUUGCCCCUUGUUCCAGCGCAACCUUCUUGAAGACCCAUCCAUCAUCCAAUUCCUGUGCGAGCGUGUGUGCCCAGACCCCAAUUUCGAGCGGCAACUCCGCACUAUCGUCGACCAGUCCAAGACCAAUGCCACCGCCUCUUUUGCCGCCACGAACGCCAUCUCUAUCCUCGUCAAAGCAGGUGUGUCCUUCCACGGCGCUGAUCUCCGCGGCGUCAAGAUCCCCGGCGCCGACCUUUCUGACGGUCAGUUCGAUUCGGCACAGUUGCAAGGAGCUGACUUGACUGGCGUCAGUCUCGCGAGGAGUUGGUUGAGGCAGGCGAAUAUGAGCGGUGCACAGUUGGAGGGCAUCCGAUUUGGAGAGUUACCGUACCUUGAGCUGAAGAUGGCGAUUGCGAGCUGUGUCUACUCGCCCAGUGGAAAGACGCUUGCCAUUGCCAUGACGGACGGAUCUUUCGAGCUUUAUGAGACGACAAACUGGUCAAGAACCCAUGAGCUCAAAGGGCAUACCAAGGGGAUCAGGGAGUGCGCAUUCUCACCCGACGGCCAACGUAUCGUGUCUGGGGGCUGGGACAACGUUGUACGAUUGUGGGACGCCACCAAUGGCGAGGCUUUAUUGGCCAUGGAGGGGCAUACGGAAGGAGUAUUGAGUGUUGCGUUUUCCCCUUGUAGCAAGCACAUAGUUUCGGGUGGUGGCGACAAGACAGUACGAUUGUGGGACUCGCGAACCGGAGACGUGGUUUUCGUUUUGAAAGGCCACACCCGAGAAGUAUUGAGCAUUCAGUAUUCAGCAGAUGGGCGGCGGCUGAUAUCGACUGGCCAAGAGGACACUAUAAGAUUUUGGGAUCCAACGACAGGAGAGCCUGGUGUUAUCUGGAGGCCCAUGCCUGAAAAAGGACACAAUGCGGUCUUCACCCCAGAUGGACGAUUGGUUGCCUUUUGUUACAGAGCCGGCCAUAUGGUACUCUGGGAUACAGCGAGCUCUGGAGAGGUAGGCUUAACUCUACGCGGUCACACUGGUUACGUUACAGGAAUCGCUUUGUCACCCAACGGACAAUGGAUCGCAUCCGCCAGCAACGACUAUACUGUGAAGCUAUGGGACGCGUCGACAGGAGUCCUCAUUUCGUCAUUGACAAGUCAGACACAGUCGAUGGCCAUGGUUGUCUUCUCGCCGGAUGGCCUCCAGUUAGCAGUGGGAGGACGUGAUGGCAAGAUGAGGUUGUGGGAUGUUAACACGAGUUUGUUGAGUGUGGAGGUACAAGGACGUCACCUGGGACAAGUUCAGAGGCUGGCAUACUCUCUCGAUGGCCAAGCGAUCCUCACUCUCAGUGGCCGUGUCGUACAAAGAUGGGAGCCUACAACGGGAGCGCAGGGGUCAAUAUCGUUCGAGUUUCCGGAUAUUCUGUCGAUCGGUGCCAACGAGUUUCCCCCAGACGGCAACCAGUUUGUGAACGGCACUCGGGACACAUUUGCUCAAACGAUCGCCUUCAGUAUGGACACACAUCGCCCACGGGAGCAUCCGAUGCAGGUGGACAUUGCGACUUAUUCACCUUGCUGUCGUUGGCUUGCCUUUUCUUUCUCGGGCAACACUUUUCGAUUGCGGGACGUUCAGAACACUGAUCAGGAGCAUAUUCUUCUUGAGCUGGAAGGAGGGCCUGGAGGAACAGUUUCAGGUGCGGCAUUUUCACGGACUGGACACCAGCUUGCAGCGGCCUCUUGGAGAGGUAUCAUUUGGCUUUUUGAUCCUGAAACAAGAGAGCUUCUAAUAACCAAGACGUUGGUGCAGGAACGAGUUCUGGUGUUGACGUAUUCGCCAGACGGCCAACAACUUGCGCUGGGUACGGAUACCUCGGUCUACCUCUGGGAUCUCAAGUCGGACGAGCCGGGCGUCAAGUUGAAGGGGCACAGCGGUAUGGUCGGUUGUAUUGCGUACUCGCCCUGUGGACAAUGGCUUGCUUCCGGCAGCGGGGAUGAAACGGUUCGACUCUGGCAACGACAAUCAGAAGAGCAGGAAAGUUGGUCUUGUGCUGCCGUGGUCCGUCGAUUCUAUGGGUCGGUUGAGGAUGUCGUUUGGAAUCCGGUUGUGCCUAUGGAGUUUGUGACGACUAGUAAGGAUGGAUCUGUGAGACAAUGGCGGGUGUCGAGCAAUGGUAAUGGAUCGAAUGUCGUUGUCAAGAUGACUUGGGGCUCGAACCUUAGUCUCCUCUGUGCCGAAAGUUUGGUGUCGGAGGUUGCGAUUGGUCUUGACCCAAUGAAUCGAAAGUUGUUGGUGCAAUGCGGCGCCAUUGAUAGUCCUUUGGAAAAGCUGGAGGUUGAGGAGUAG